CUCCCAGGAAAGACAGGAGCGGACGUCUGUAAGUAACUUAAUAUAGACAGGACCAGAAGUCACUUUACUCAUUAUGAGGUAUGGUAUGUAAGUUAAUCAGUGGUAUGGGGGCUGGCUACCAACUUUAAGGAUGAUUGGGGGCGGGGCCAGGACCGCUGAGCCUAAUCAGAUGCUGCCCUGCCAGGCUUCCUAGAAGUCUCAAAGGUCUGGGCAGAUGCAAAGUAUCUGGAGGCUGCGGGCGGGGUUUUCUAAGUCCUACCCCCACCAAGGCUGAGGAGUAUAUGUAAAUCAGAUGCGGAGAAGUCUAGCUCCUAGGCUUUCUUGAGGCCCCAACAGCGGAUGAGGCACGUGUCAAAUAUUUGCGAAACUGUCUCGCUAAAGUCCCAAAAGGGAGGAGCACAUAGAAAGUAGUUGGAUGGAAUGUGACAUGGCUCCCUUGGGUUCCAGAGAAAAGCUCCACACUCACGUAAAUUGGCUGGUUGGGCAGGGCCAGAUUCUCAAAGGCUCUCUGAUGGGCCGGACUAUGUAAAUCAUUUUAGGCGGGGCAAGACCGUGUUCCCAGCAGUUUACAAGCCGGAUAGUACAGAAAAGCUGGGCUUGACUUUGGCGCACCAGAGCCCCUGUUACAUUCUGAUCCCCCGCCUCGUCCUUUGGCGUCCUUCCACCUGAGGCGGGCAGAGCUCCUGGCGUCACAGUUGGUGAUCAACGCUGCGGACUGAGACCACUUAGUGCGUGGGGGACUAUGGAGGCCUCGGCCGAUUCCUCUGAGGCCUCCGCCGCCUGCCGCUUCUUCCUAGAGGGCCGCUGUCGCUUUGGUGCGCGCUGCCGUCAGCCACAUCCCGGGGCCCCGGCGCCGUCCCCCGAGGUUGCGCAGCCUGAGGCCGGGUCUAAGAAGCCUGCUCUGCGUACUGCUGCUGACGUCAUCCGGCGUAUCCGCUGGGACCCGCGCCUGGACCCCGCUGACUUUUCUGUGGGCUACACUGACCGCUUCCUGGGUGUGCAGGAAGAGCCAUUCAGUGCCUUUUGCUGGGACGAGCCGCUAGCAGCGCUCGGACCCGGCGUGUUGGCAGUGCCGCAGCACCGCAUUCGCUACUUCCGCUUCCGCGGCCGCCUGGUGUGGGACCGUGCCUCCCGUACUGACCUUAUUUUUGGCUCGGGCUCUGUGGCUGGACGGGGACCCACCAUCCUCGAUGCUCUGGACGACCGGGACGAGCAUUGGAGAGAGGUUAAGCCAGAAAUUCCGGACACAGAGAAAACAGGGGUGGGUUUCGAGGAUCUGGACACCCAGGGUGCCCCUGAGGAAGGGGGUGGAAACCCGACCACGACUGGGCUUGAUACGGGCCUAGAGACACAGGAAGAGGGUGGGGCAAUCAAAGAGACCAGAACUGGGCUUGAUUCGGGCCUAGAGACACCCGAAGAAGGUGGGACAAUCAAAGAAGCCAGAACUGAGCUUGAUUCCAGCCUGGAGAGACUGGAAAUAGAUGGGCCAACCAAAGAGACGGUACUGAAUGGGACCACUGAGUUAGAAACACCAGACCCAAGCACAUGCUGCUCAGGAGUAAAGGAGAUCUUGAACUCUGUACAAGUGCCCAAAGCCACAGUGCUUUCACAGUGGCAGGUGCAGGUCUUGGAAACUUCAGGUUCUGCAGACGAGAUGGAAAGUGUGUGGGAUCCAGGUGCUUGGCCUGAUGACAGAAGGGCCCCUCGCAAACCCCGGCCUACACAUUUUGUGGCACUAAUGGUGACAGAGCCUGGGCUUAGGGCUGAGGUGGUCAAGGCCCAAGAGCAUCUGGUCCGGAUUGCCCCUUAUUGUGCCGAGUUCCUGGUACCAGCACAGGCCCUGCACCUGACAGUGGUCUUGCUAAGGAUAACAGGCCCUGGGGAGGAGGCUGCAGCGGUUAGAGCUCUUCGGAGAGCCAUCUUGAAACCAGGGCUUCAGGCACCCUCCGAGUUACAGUUCCGUGACUUGAUUCUUCUGGGCCAUCAUGUGCUCUGUGCCACACCUUCCCCAACACUGGCAAGCAUGGUCCAAACACUGAAUCAGAGGCUAGAGGCCGAAGGGCUUAGAGUGGUGCAGCUGCCAGAACUACAACCACACCUCACGCUGGCCAAAGUACCACAUGGAACCCAGGUCUGCCUCCCCAAGCCUGAGUAUAUCUUGAAUGAGGAGCUAGGAAGGCAGCCCCUAGAGAAACUCUGGCUGUGCAGAAUGGGCAGGGCAGGGCAGAGCUACCUGCCCCUGGCUCAAAUUCCCCUGAACUGACUAAGGUUUCAAAUUUCAGAGAAGAAACAGGUUCUCACUCUCUCUCUCUUUAAUUUUGGUUUCAAGCUUCCAAAAUGUACUGUACUCAAUGCUCAAGGAGAAUGAAGGAAGGGGAGGGGGAGAGGUGGGGAGGGGAGGCAGGGAGGCAUCUGGAAAAAAAGCAGCCUGACAGUCCAGCUGUUUGCAACCUCAUAGCACAUCCUCCAGUUACAUGGCAGAGGGGGGGCAAAAAAGAAAAGGGGAGAAGGAAGAAAAGUAACUUAAAUAAACACACACACAGAGAAAAGAGAAGGAAA